UGCUAGGAAUGGGAAAAGCGAAUUAGAGAAAGAAAGAAAGAAUGGGAGUUGGAGUAACGGCUCCCCUUUCCCAUUCAGUUGGGCUAGUUCGUUUGCAAUUUCAGCACACAACUCCAAAAAAGAGAAGCUUGGCAAGGGUCUUCCUUGGUCACAAAUAUCAUAAUCAUCAUCAUAAUAAUAGUAUUAGCAUAAUCUCCAACUGUACUACUAGCAGCAAUACUACAAGUACUACAACAGCAACAACAACAACAACAACAACCACAGCUACUUCUGGUGGUGGAGUUUUGGAGGUGAAAGAGUUAAAGGAGAGGUGCAAAAAGUGGGAAUGGAAGGGCCAGUAUUCCAUCACUUACUUUGUUUCUCAAUCCUCAAUUUCUAAUAGUAAUAAUAAUAAGCCUCCUCUUCUUCUUGUUCAUGGCUUUGGUGCUUCCAUUCCACACUGGCGCAGGAAUAUUGGGACACUAGCACAGAAUUUCACAGUAUAUGCCAUUGACCUUCUCGGCUUUGGUGCUUCUGAUAAACCAGCAGGAUUUUCAUAUACCAUGGAAACAUGGGCUCAGUUGAUAUUGGACUUCUUGGAUGAAAUUGUUCAGAAGCCAACUGUGCUGAUAGGCAACUCUGUUGGAAGUCUUGCCUGUGUAAUUGCUGCCUCAGACUCUAGUAGGAGCCUAGUUCGAGGGCUUGUACUUCUAAAUUGUGCUGGUGGUAUGAACAAUAAGGCAGUUGUUGAUGAUUGGAGAAUCAAGCUAUUAUUACCUUUGCUUUUGUUGGUUGAUUUUUUGUUAAGGCAACGGGGAAUUGCUUCAGCAAUCUUUGAGCGUGUUAGAAAGAGAGAUAACUUGAGGAACAUUUUGUUGUCUGUUUAUGGAAAUAAGGAAUCUGUGGAUGAAGAACUAGUAGAGAUCAUUAUGGAACCAACAAAUGAUGCCGGGGCACUAGAUGCUUUUGUUUCUAUUGUGACAGGCCCACCAGGGCCAAACCCGGUGCAAUUAAUGCCUAGAAUUUCCCUACCUGUGCUUCUUUUAUGGGGAGAUCAAGACCCAUUUACUCCUCUUGAUGGACCUGUUGGAAAAUACUUCUCUUCACUACCUUCUGAACUAACAAAUGUAAGCCUCUUUGUAUUAGAAGGGGUAGGACAUUGUCCCCAUGAUGACAGACCUGACUUAGUCCAUGAAAAGCUGCUUCCUUGGUUGGCUCAACUUCCUGCUUCAUGAGAGAAUUGUUACUGAUGAUCCACUUCUAUUUGUUAUAAUUUUUAUCUGGAUUUCUGACAAGCACGUCAUCUCUUGUCAAUUGAUCGAUUUUGGAUAUCAUAAUGUUCAUAAUGUAUAUGCUACAUAUUGUAACCAAAUUUUGCAUAUUUUUAUUUCUGAUUCAUUCCUUGAAA